GGGCCGAGGCCGCCGCUGGGGCGGUCUGCGUCCCGAGAGCCCCAAAAGUCGGCGGAGAAGUUCCCCCGGUGGGAGGCGUUUCGGGCCUCCCGGACCGGUCUCGGCCGCGGAGCCCCGCCGCAGGAGCGCGGACCCGGGGGCGCCGCCGGCCCGCGCGGGCGGGAACGCGCCGCGGCAGCCUCCUCCUCCCUGGCUCCCGCCCGCGGCGGUGGCGGCGCUUCCCCGGCGCGGAGCGGCUUUAAAAGGCGGCACUCCACCCCCCGGCGCACUCGCAGCUCGGGCGCCGCGCGAGCUUGCCGCCGCUAUGCCUCCGCGCGCGCUGCCUGCGCCCGGGCCCCGGCCACCGCCCCGGGUCGCCGCCGCCACCGCUGCCGCCGCGGGCGCGGGGAACGCGGGGGGUGCCGGCGGGCCCUGGCUCCGGCCGCUCGCGCCGCGUCCCUGGCGCUGGCUGCUGCUGCUGGCGCUGCCUGCCGCCUGCUCCGCGCCCCCGCCGCGCCCCGUCUACACCAACCACUGGGCAGUGCAAGUGCUGGGCGGCCCGGCCGAAGCGGACCGCGUGGCCGCGGCGCACGGCUACCUCAACUUGGGCCAGAUUGGAAACCUGGAAGAUUACUACCAUUUUUAUCACAGCAAAACCUUUAAAAGAUCGACCUUGAGUAGCAGAGGCCCUCACACCUUCCUCAGAAUGGACCCCCAGGUGAAAUGGCUCCAGCAACAGGAAGUGAAACGAAGGGUGAAGAGACAGGUGCGAAGUGACCCACAGGCCCUUUACUUCAACGACCCCAUUUGGUCCAACAUGUGGUACCUGCAUUGUGGCGACAAGAACAGUCGCUGCCGGUCAGAAAUGAAUGUCCAGGCAGCGUGGAAGAGGGGCUACACAGGAAAAAAUGUGGUGGUCACCAUCCUCGAUGAUGGCAUAGAGAGGAAUCACCCUGACCUGGCCCCAAAUUAUGAUUCCUACGCCAGCUAUGAUGUCAACGGCAAUGAUUAUGACCCAUCUCCACGAUAUGAUGCCAGCAAUGAAAAUAAACACGGUACUCGUUGUGCGGGAGAAGUUGCUGCUUCAGCAAACAACUCUUACUGCAUCGUGGGCAUAGCAUACAAUGCCAAAAUAGGAGGCAUCCGCAUGCUGGAUGGCGACGUCACAGAUGUGGUCGAGGCAAAGUCGCUGGGCAUCAGACCCAACUACAUCGACAUUUACAGUGCCAGCUGGGGGCCAGACGACGAUGGGAAGACGGUGGACGGGCCCGGCCGACUGGCUAAGCAGGCUUUCGAGUAUGGCAUUAAAAAGGGCCGGCAGGGCCUGGGCUCUAUUUUCGUCUGGGCAUCUGGGAACGGUGGGAGAGAGGGGGACUACUGCUCGUGUGAUGGCUACACCAAUAGCAUCUACACCAUCUCCGUCAGCAGCGCCACCGAGAAUGGCUACAAGCCCUGGUAUCUGGAAGAGUGUGCCUCCACCCUGGCCACCACCUACAGCAGCGGAGCCUUUUAUGAGCGAAAAAUCGUCACCACUGAUCUGCGUCAGCGCUGUACCGAUGGCCACACCGGGACCUCAGUCUCUGCCCCCAUGGUGGCUGGCAUCAUCGCCUUGGCUCUGGAAGCAAACAGCCAGUUAACCUGGAGGGACGUCCAGCACCUGCUAGUGAAGACAUCCCGGCCGGCCCACCUGAAAGCGAGCGACUGGAAAGUGAACGGCGCGGGUCAUAAAGUUAGCCAUUUCUAUGGAUUUGGUUUGGUGGACGCAGAAGCUCUCGUUGUGGAGGCAAAGAAGUGGACAGCGGUGCCAUUGCAGCACAUGUGUGUGGCCGCCUCAGACAAGAGACCCAGGAGCAUCCCGUUAGUGCAGGUGCUGCGGACUAUGGCCCUGACCAGUGCCUGCGCGGAGCACUCGGACCAGCAGGUGGUCUACUUGGAGCACGUGGUGGUUCGCAUCUCCAUCUCGCACCCACGCCGAGGAGACCUCCAGAUCUACCUGAUUUCUCCCUCGGGAACCAAGUCUCAACUUUUGGCAAAGAGAUUGCUGGAUCUUUCCAAUGAAGGGUUUACAAACUGGGAAUUCAUGACUGUCCACUGUUGGGGAGAAAAGGCUGAAGGGCAGUGGACCUUGGAAAUCCAAGACCUGCCAUCCCAGGUCCGCAACCCGGAGAAGCAAGGGAAGUUGAAAGAAUGGAGCCUCAUACUGUAUGGCACAGCGGAGCACCCGUACCACACCUUCAGUGCCCAUCAGUCCCGCUCACGGAUGCUGGAGCUCUCGGCCCCAGAGCUGGAGCCACCCAAGGCCGCCCUGUCACCCUCCCAGGUGGAAGUUCCUGAAGAUGAGGAAGAUUACACAGGUGUGUGCCAUCCGGAGUGUGGUGACAAAGGCUGUGAUGGCCCCAAUGCAGACCAGUGCUUGAACUGCAUCCACUUCAGCCUCGGGAGCGUUAAGACCAGCAGGAAGUGUGUGAGUGUGUGCCCCUUGGGGUACUUUGGGGACACAGCAGCAAGACGCUGUCGCCGAUGCCACAAGGGGUGUGAGACCUGCUCCGGCAGGGGUGCGACACAGUGCCUGUCUUGCCGCCGUGGGUUCUAUCACCACCAGGAGAUGAACACCUGUGUGACCCUCUGUCCUGCAGGAUUUUAUGCUGAUGAAAGUCAGAAAAAUUGCCUUAAAUGCCACCCAAGCUGUAAAAAGUGCGUGGAUGAACCCGAGAAAUGUACUGUCUGUAAAGAAGGAUUCAGCCUUGCACGGGGCAGCUGCAUUCCUGACUGCGAGCCAGGCACCUACUUUGACUCAGAGCUGAUCAGAUGUGGGGAAUGCCAUCACACCUGCGGAACCUGCGUGGGGCCAGGCAGAGAAGAGUGCAUUCACUGUGCGAAAAACUUCCACUUCCAAGACUGGAAGUGUGUGCCAGCCUGUGGUGAGGGGUUCUACCCAGAGGAGAUGCCGGGCUUGCCCCACAAAGUGUGUCGAAGGUGUGAUGAGAACUGCUUGAGCUGUGCAGGCUCCAGCAGGAACUGCAGCAGGUGUAAGACGGGCUUCACACAGCUGGGAACCUCCUGCAUCACCAACCACACGUGCAGCAACGCUGAUGAGACAUUCUGCGAGAUGGUGAAGUCUAACCGGCUGUGUGAACGGAAACUCUUCAUUCAGUUCUGCUGCCGCACAUGCCUCCUGGCCGGGUAGGGGUGUCUAGCUGCCCACAGAGGGCAGGGACCCCCAUCCAUCCAUCCGUCCACCUUCCUCCAGACUGUCGGCCAGAGCCUGUUUCAGGGGUGGUGCCCUGCACCUGACAGCUUUAUCUCCCCAGGAGCAGCAUCUCUGGGCACUCAAGCCAGGUGGGUGGUGGCUGUUAAGGAGGUGUUCCUAAAAUGGUGAUAUCCUCUCAAAUGCUGCUUGCUGGCUCCAGUCUUCUGACAAACUGUAACAGGAACAAAAUGAAUUCUGGGAAUCCACAGCUCUGGCUUUGGAGCAGCUUCUGGGACCAUAAGUUUACUGAAUCUUCGAGACCAAAGCAGAAAAGAAAGACGCUUGGCAUCACACAUCACUCUUCUCCCCAUGCUUUUCUGCGGCUCUGUAGUAAAUCUCCCUGGCCCAGCCAGCGAACCCUGGGCCAUCCUCACAUGUGACAAAGGGCCAGCAAUCUACCUGCUUAUUGCCUGCCACUGAGCAGUCUGGGGACGGUUUGGUCAGACUAUAAAUAAGAUAGGUUUGAGGGCAUAAAAUGUAUGACCACUGGGGCCGGAGUAUCUAUUUCUACAUAGUCAGCUACUUCUGAAACUGCAGUAGUGGCUUAGAAAGUCAAAUUCCAAACCCAGACCAGAAGAUUCUUUCCCCGCAGCGUUCUCCUCUGAGCAAGCCAAGCUCUCCUUGUUACCGUGUUCUAUCUGUGUCUUCAGGAGUCUCAUGGCCUGAACGACCACCUUGACCUGAUGCAGAGCCUUCUGAGGAGGGGCAACAGGAGGCAUUCUGUGGCCAGCCAAAAGGUACCCCGAUGGCCAAGCAAUUCCUCUGAACAAAAUGUAAAGCCAGCCCAUCCAUUGUUAAUCAUCCAUCACUUCCCAUUUUAUGGAAUUACUUUUAAAAUACGUUUGGCCUCUGCCCUUCAGAAGACUCGUUUUUAAGGUGGAUGCUCCUGUGUCUGUGUAUAUUACGAGUCUACAUGACACAGUUGGAUUUAUUCUGCCAAACCUGUGUAGGCAUUUUAUAAGCUACAUGUUGUAAUUUUUACCGAUGUUAAUUAUUUUGACAAAUAUUUCAUAUAUUUUCAUUGAAAUGCACAGAUCUGCUUGAUCAAUUCCCUUGAAUAGGGAAGUAACAUUUGCCUUAAAUUUUUUCGACCUCGUCUUUCUCCAUAUUGUCCUGCUCCCCUGUUUGAUAACAGUGCAUUUGCCUUGUCACCUGUGAGCUGGAGAGAACCCAGAUGUUGUUUAUUGAAUCUACAACUCUGAAAGAGAAAUCAAUGAAGCAAAUACAAUGUUAACCCUAAAUUAAUAAAAGAGUUAACAUCCCAUGGCA